AUUAAAGCAAAAAAAAUACUAUUUUAUUCAUUCUCUUCUAACUUAAUUAAAUAAUAUUUUCCCUCUCCCUUGUCUUUUUUCUAUUUCCUCUUCACAGGUCAGUCACAGUGUCCAUUAUUCUCUCCCCCUUUCAUUUUUUUCUUUCUUUCUUCCUCAUUCUUCUUAAAGCUCCACGCCAACACCAUGGAUCACGCUGUUGUGGUGGUGGUGGUGGGUCACGCCGCUGAUCAUGCCGUUUCCGUUGGUUUUUGUGGUGGUGUUGGUGGUUGAUUUUGGGUCAUGGGUUUGUGGGUUUCAUAUGGGUUUGUGUUUGAUAUGGGUUUUGUAUGGUUUUCCAAUUUGUGGUGGUGGUGAUUAAGUGGGUUUUGUGGUGGUGGUGGUUGUUGUUGUUGGUUUUUUUUUUUAAAUCAGAGUUGUGGUGAUGGUGAUUAAGGUGAGUUUGUGGUGGUGGUGGUGGUGGUUGUUGUUCACAAGGAGUGGGUGGCAAGGGAAAAUGGGGCCACCCCAGUGGUGGCUCGCGGCGGCAGCUAUUGGCUGAACCAUGAAGUUUUGGCCAUGGCAGUGGUGUUGGUGGCUUGUGUUGAGCUUUGAUGCUGCGGCCAUGGAGGUCGUGGGUUUGAUUCAGAGAUGGAGAGAUCAGGUGAGGAGAGAAGAGAAGCGAGGCUUGAGGCUUAAUCUUUUUGCUUAAAAAAAAAAAAAAAAAAGGUGACGUGGCGGGUCAGGAUUGGCUUCUCUUUAUUUUUUUUCUAUUAUUAAAAAGAAAUUUAUCUUUCUCAUUUUUUUUUAACAAAGCAAGUGAGUCAUCUCUUUCACUUUUCUCCCAACUAAAAUCAACGAAAGAAAAGUAAAUUCCUUUUAUUGAAGUGUAGGUUUCUGUUGGGUAAUUGUCAAACGUUUCAGCUUUCCUUAAAUAAUUUCUUUCUCUGUUUUCCUCUUCAACUGACUGUCCCUCUCUCUCUCUUCAUCUCAUCGACUAUGACAACGUGAUCCUCAAGGUCCUCACUCUUCUGUUAUUCAAUACUCUGUGAAUUCUCUGUUUUUUUUUUUUUUUUAAUAUUAAAUUUAUAUUUGGUUUGUGUUCAAUUUGUGUUUGAGUGAUGGGAAAACAAUGGAAAAGGGGAAGAAAAGUAAUAUUAAUUUCUGGGUUUUUUGUGUUUCCCUGUUUUUAUGUCUGAAUUUUUCCUCUUGUAGCAGCUGUGAGAUUGUAAAAAAAAAAAAAAAUGUUCAGGUAGCAGUAGCUUGUUUCUUUAUUUCUGUGUGGAAACCAUAAUUUUUAGAAGCUUUCUAUGAAUGUUCUUUUCUCCUAGCUCUCAUUUUCAGUGCUUUAUUCCUAGAAGAUGCCAGGAUGAGAGAGUUAGCCCUGUUUCUCCAAAAGAAUAGAUUUUUUCUUGGGUCUUUUUUCUUUCCUUUUAUUUAUUUAUUUUUUUCAUAAAUAAAUUUGAUAACUUCUGGUCUUACUUUUGAGUGAAAAAAAGAAAGAAAGAAUUUUUGACUUGAGACCCAAGAGAUCACCCAUGUUGCAAUUGAUGCAAUGUAUAGUGUAAAGACUAGUUGCAAAUUUCAGUACUAAUUUUGUACUUGUUCUUUGAACCAAGUAGCUGAUUUUGUGCAAAAGUACAAAUUGGGUUUUCCUCAAUUGUUUGAUGUUGAAAAUUAGCAUACAAAAAUCUGUUGUACAGUCUAAAUUACGAGUCUGCUUCUUGCUAUUUGCAUCCAAAAUAUCUGACUGUUGAUGCUCAAUGUAUUCCAAUUACACCUUGCUAUAAGAAGCUCUUACGUUUAUUUAGCUGAUAUGGAUUCAAUGAUUGAAUCUUGUAACAAAUUCUCAUUCCAUUUACAUUUUUUUUUUUAUGUUUUCUCUUUUAUUGUUAUUGAUUACCAUACAUUAUAAUAGCUAGCACAUAUUAUAUUAAUCUGUUAAAAAGAAGACAUGUCUUCUUUCAUGCACAAGCAACCCACACCAGAUAUGGAUGUGUGUCUGUACAGUAAUAAGUAAUUCCUGUCCAUGUCCGAAGUUGUGCUUUUAGUGCUUGAUUUUCAGUUGGGAUCUACACUUUGGUUGAAUUCAGUUGGGUUGAAUUUGCUGUGCUUAAUUUGUCAACCACUGUUACACUUGUAAUUAUGAAUUUGAAUUUGUAUUCAUUUUCUGCUUCUGCAGAAAGUGAGCAUAAUCGCUGCAACAAUUACUAGCUCUGCUGAGAGAAGAACAUUGUUUGCCCAGAUAAAUAGUUUCAUUGCUGCUGUUUUGUCUUCAAUAAUGAAACUAGUAGGCCUUUUGAGUAACAUUAUAAAAUACAACUCAUUUAAGGCCUGAAAAAAGGACAUGUAUUGGGUUGGCAGCUGAUGGAUAUAUAUCAUGGAAUCUAUGUUUAUAUGCUGAAAACCUCUUAAAUGGAAUUUCUCUCUUUCUCCACCCCUCCUCCCUUUUUUAUAGAGUUAACAAAGAAACAAAUGUACAAAAGAAGAAUCUGAGGAGUAUGCAGGUUGUAUACCCAUAUUUUUUUUAGAAUUACAUAAGCAUAGCAUUUUGUCCUCCACUCCUAUUUGGAGCUGGAAUGAAUACAGACUUUGGGAAAAAAAUGAGCAAAAUUUCUAGCUCCCAAUCAUGAGUACAUCUCACAAACAUGGGGAUCCACUGGAUUCCUCCAUUUCUUAGUGGCGGAACCCACUUUAGACACAUGAACCUGAUUCUUUGGUCUAACAUGGGAGGUACUGACAUGAUUGUUAUUGCUAUAUGGGAGGUACUAACAUGGGAGGUACUGACAUGAUUGUUAGACACAUUUCUUUGAUGCUUUGGUUCAACUUUAGAGGUUCUGACAGUAUGUAGUCCUAAGGAAUUUGGCCUAUAAGAAACUAAGUUUAUAGUACUUUUGUAUAAGUUAGUAUUAUUGGGAGGCUUUGACAAUAGUAUUAUUGCCAAGUAUUAUUGCCAUUUUGUAUAAGGUGCUCCUAAAGUACUUUUUACUUAAGAACACAUCCACUGUACGGUGCUCUUAAGAUAAGUUGUCUUUAAGUCUACGUAGGGGGUUUUUGUCAUAGACUAACUAUGGGGGGUCAUGACUAUUAGGUAGGUACUUUUGUGGGCUUUUGUUGUAUGAUAGAUACUUAUUUUGAUUUAUCCAGUUACGUAAUUUUAAAUGUUUGCUCAUUUUCUUUAUUGUGAUUUAUCUAAUUUGUUGCUAUAAUAUUUUAGGUGACAUUCCUAUGGAUUACAAUGAUCAUAUUGAUAAUAGUGAUGAAGAUCAUUCUUAUGAUGUUGAAAACGAUGAAUAUGAUGAUGAGGAAUUAUAUGAUCUUGCUAUUGCUGGAUGUCAUGUUGCAGUGACAUAUUAUAUAAAAUAUAUUGAUAAACAACCUUGUAGAGAUUCUGAACAAACUGGCUAUAUGUGGUUGAUGGAUUAUUUGACGGGUAAUGAAACGAAAUGUUACGAAAUGUUUAGAAUGAAGCCACAUGUUUUCCUUCAAUUGUGUAAUGUUUUACAACAUACAUAUGGACUUCAGCACACCAGGCAUAUUAGGCUUGAAGAGUCAGUAGGUAUAUGUUUAAUGAUACUUGGACAAGGAACUUGUUAUAGGAUGGUUCAAGAAAGAUUCCAACAUUCUGGUGAGACUAUACAUAGACAUUUUCAUAGAGUUCUGAAACGCCUUAACAUAAUGUCAAUGGAUAUCUUCAAGCCUUCUGAUCCUACAUUUAGUGUAGUUCCAAGACAUAUACAAAAGAAUCCAUUGUACAUGCCACACUUUCAGGACUGCAUUGGUGCCAUUGACGGUACACAUAUCCAAGUUGUUGUUGGAGAUGACAAGAAAGCUGCAUAUUAUAAUAGAAAGGGCGUGACAUCUUUUAAUGUGAUGGCAGCAUGCGAUUUUGAUUUACUUUUCACAUUUGUUAUGGCUGGAUGGGAGGGUGCAGCACAUGAUACACGUAUUUUCUUAGAUGCUACCCGUCGACAAUCUGUCAACUUUCCAAAACCACCACCAAGAAAAUAUUAUUUAGUUGAUGCUGGAUACCCCUUAAGGAAAGGAUACUUGCCACCUUAUAAGGGACAGAGGUAUCAUCUUUCAGAUUUUCGACGAGCUGGUCGAGGGAAUCACAUAGAAGAGAGGUUUAAUUAUGUUCACUCAUCACUUAGAAGUGCAAUUGAGCGAACAUUUGGAGUGUGGAAGAAUAAAUGGAAAAUUUUGAAGCAAAUGCCACCUUAUGACAUUAAGCACCAAAGAAACAUUAUAGUUGCUACUUGUGUUUUGCAUAAUUUUAUCAGAAAACAUGAUAGGGAAGAUGAGGGAUUCAAUUGGGAUGAACAUGACAUGGACAGACCAAGAAGCAAUAGUAGUGGAGAAGGUAGUAGCAGACAAGCAAACGUUGAAAAUAUACAAGAUAAGGAGAUGAAAUUUGUUCGUGACAAAAUAGCUCGAUCCAUUUGUGGGUUGUAAACAAUAUUUUUAUUAUUUCUGUUUUGGUGUUCUGGUUUUUGAUUUUUCAAAUAAGAACCUUUUUAUUAUUAUAAUGGAUUAUCUAGUAUUGAUAUUGUUGGCAA